CCUACAGUGGUGCUUUUUGAAAGCGGUGUGUCGGAGAUGACGGACGUCCUGCGGCUGCUGUCAGAAGCGGACGGGCGGACUUUAGCUGCUCUCUCCCGGCGCUCUGAAAACGAUAUACAAUGUAUUUGGGCGGACGUGUCUGCCUACAUAGAACGUCAGAUGACCUUACAAAAGGGGGUCCACCUGGCGGGACUGGGGACCUUCACCUUCUCUCAGCAGAAGUUGGACAUAGGAAACAAGUACACAAUGAUCCAACGACCCAUCUUCCUCUUGGCUGGGAAGCUUGUCCAGUCUCUGGGGUUAAAGCAGGUCGGACCGCUGGCUGCAGCAGCAACACACCUGCCAGUGGUGCAACUGAACUUUGCCGCUGUGUCCCAAGAGACUCCUUACAGCCGAGACGUCGUGGAGGGCUGCGUUAGAGAAACUCUUCAUCUCCUCUUCAGAGCUUUGGCCUCUGAACAAAACAUAUUCCUCACCUUCCAGGGAAUUGGAGUCUUGUCCUUCAAGAACAACAAGGUGCGGAUGAAGUUCAACAGAGCUUUUAUUAACGCUAUGGAUGGAACUGGUCGGCUGCUGUUAGCCUUUAACAAGAGACCCGGGAGCAGUGUCUCUUUACUGUCUGGUGGCUUGUCCAGGCUUCAGAGGCCACAGACUGCCACCCCCGUCACCCUGCCAACUGUCUGCUCUCCUCAGCCAGACAACAAGGCUCGGGACAAAGAAGUAUGGUGCUCAUCACCAGCUCCAGACCAGAGGAAUGCAGGAGAAGUUCCCCAACAGAGAGAAUCCAAAUCCCAUCAGCCACUGCAGCCUGCCAAGGUGAAAGCUGUCAGCCUGUUUGAAGAACUGAAUCCAAAACCCCCCAUGGAGGCCACAGACAAGCGGCCCACCACCUCCGUCACACCACCAGAGGUCACUCCCAAACUGGAGAAGCCUCGCGCGACCGUUAGCUGCUCUGGCCACACCCGCGCUGGACAGGAACUGUGCUACCUGUGCAUGCAGCGGGCCCAAAGAAAUGUUCCAGUCUACUUGAGGGAGCAGCAGCAGGCGGAGGAGAGAGCUCAGGAGAAACUGUUACUGCUGAAGGAGCAACAAAGAGACAAGCAGUACAUGGACCAAGAACAGGAGAAGCUGAAUGAGCAACAUAAGCAUGCAAAGCAGGUUGCUACAUUCAACCUGCAAAUGUUAGAGAAGAAGGAGAAGACUGGCUGCCCUCUCUUCCCUAGUUCAUUCGUCUUCCCGGCCCGGCCCUUCACCCCUGCCAGGAGGAUCCAGCAGCAUCGCUACAUGAACGAGCUUCAGAGUCAGAUAGAGACCCGGCGGCAACAUGAGGCUCAAGACCAGCAGAACCGUCUGCUCCUGGAGCGUCUAGACCAGGUCCAGCUGGUCCAGGAGGUAGCUUUGCAGAAGGCUCAGCAGCUCCAGCAGAAACACGAGAGAACUACGCACUACAAGAGGGCUCUGGACACGCAGGUCGGAGAUAAGAAGUGCACAGAUCCUCCAGAGUGCCAAGCGGACAACUCCGGGUUCAACCGCUGCGAGACAGCAGCCAACAACGCUGAAGGUCGAGAGAGGGCACAGAAGCUCUUCCAAGUGAAUUUCAGUGCUGCCACUCAGCGGAAGAAGGAAGAACUGCACAGCCGCCACGCAGAGCUGGAGAAAGAGAGAGAAGUUCUCAAACACAACAAAAUGGGGUUAAUAACGGGUCGCAUCAAUCGCUUCGAGAAGAAGCGGGACAUCAGUAGGUCACUGGAGGACGAGUGGAGUCGCAGUGCAAAGCUCAAACAGCAGCGAGAGGAAGAGGAGAAACGCUUCUUGAGGUCUGCUGGUGAGCUCCUGGUCGAUAAACUGGCAGAGUACAGGCGCUGCUGCCAGUGCAAGAGGAGGACCACCAACUGUGGAGAGACCAACAUCUGGAAGGACUCUCAAUACCUCUCUGGCUCACAAUUCAUGAUCUGAUGAACAGCGUAGCCUACAGCAGCUACAACGUGAACAUCAAUGCCUCAGAGCCUAAACGAGAACUCAAACCUUCUGCCUCAUCAUGUGUGUCAAUUAAGAUUUAAAUGAUAAGUUAAGCAUAUACUUAUAUCGGCUGUGUUAAUGUGAGAUUUAUUCUUUCUCCUUUUGUCUGGGCAGAGUUCCUGUUUGUUGUACUUUUAUUUCCCCUAGAAUGUGGUUGUUUUGGGGCUUUUGGAAUUUCUGAGUUCCCAGUCAGAAAUGUCAAUGGGAACGCCGCCUGAAUUCAGAUUUCUGGGAAAGUCGGGCAAACCUCACCAACCCCAACCUCAAAAUCCAAGAUGGCUGCUCCGUGCAUCUACAGAAACAAGCUGUGUUAAAUACAGUUUAUGA